AUGGGAAUAUUUCGAACUAUGUCUAGUUUUUGCAAUUCAAAUAAAUUAAAAAAUGUAAAUUAUAUAAAUAAUAAGAAAAGAGAAAAAGUAGUUAUUUUAGGAUCAGGAUGGGGUGGUAUACAUUUUUUAUUAAAUUUAGAUUUUCAAAAAUAUGAUGUAACAUUAGUUUCUCCACGUAAUUAUUUUACUUUCACUCCUUUAUUGCCAUGUUUAUGUAGUGGGACAUUAAGUGUAGAUUCUUGCUCAGAAGGUGUUGACAAUUUAUUGAAGAAAAAUAAUAUAUCAGGAAAAUAUUUAAAACUUGAAUGUACAGAUAUCGUAUAUAAUGAUAAGUAUAUAACAUGUAAGGAAGAUAGAAAUAGUAAUAAUGAAAUUAAAAUAAAUUAUGACUAUUUAAUUAUUUCAGUAGGAGCACAAACAAAUUCUUUUAAUAUAAAAGGUGUAGAUAAAUAUGCAUUUUAUAUAAAAGAUGUAAUUGAUGCGUUAAAAAUACGAACAAAAUUUAUUUCAAAUUUAGAAAUAUGUUUAAAAAAAAUUAAGACAAACAAUAUGUCUGAAAAGUAUAUUAACAAUAAUAUAGAUGAUGAAGUCAUUAAAAAUAUGUUACAUGUUGUUGUGGUUGGUGGUGGACCAACUGGUGUUGAAGUAGCAGCUGAAUUAGCAGAUUUUGUAAAUAAAGAUAUUAAAAAUAAAUAUAAACAAAUUUAUAAAUAUAUAUCUAUUACUAUUGUUGAAGGAGGAAAUAAUUUACUUCCUACAUUCACACAAAAUAUAUCCAAUUUUACAAAAGAGAAUUUUAAAAAGUUAAAUAUAAAUGUGUUUACAAAUUAUCAUGUAACUGAAAUUGAUGAAAAUAAUUUUUAUAUAAAAUCAAGUAUAAAUAAAAAUGAAGAACCAAAAAAAAUACCUUAUGGUAUAAUUAUUUGGGCUAGUGGUUUAGCUCAAACGCCAUUAAUAAAUAAUUUUAUAAAAAAAAUACCAGAGCAAGUUAAUAAUAGAAUUUUAAAUGUAAAUCAACAUUUAAAAGUAAUUGGGAUACCAACAAAUGAUAUUUAUGCUAUAGGAGAUUGUAAAAAGAUUGAACCAAUAAAAUCUCAUGAGCAUAUAGAUGAAAUAAUAAACUGUUUAGGAAAUUCAAAAGUAACAUCAGAUACAUUAAAAAAUAAAUCUAAUGAAUUAUCGAAUAUAUUUCCUCAACUUAGUAAUAAAAAAUGGGAUUAUAAUAAAAAUAAAAAAACAGAAAUGAAUCAAAAAGAACUUGAAGAAUAUUUAAUGAAGGUUGAUCAAAAUUAUAAGUCUCCAGCACCAACAGCACAAAAUGCUAAACAAGAAGCUUUUUAUUUAUCAAACAUAUUUAACAAUCAUUUAUAUUAUAAAAAUAAUAAUAUUAUACCACCAUUUAUUGAAAAAUGGAAAGGUUCUUUAGCAUAUAUAGGUAAUCAUCAAGUGGUAGCCCACUUACCAUUUUAUGAAAUAAAAGGUGGACCUCUUUCAUUUACCUUUUGGAAAAUUAUUUAUAUGCAAAUGCUAUUAACCUGGAAAUCACGGUUUAACUUUAUCUUUAGUUUUUUACGAACAAAAAUUUAUGGUAGACCAUUUCACUAA